CCCGACGCACGCCCGUCACUCCCUGUGUCAAUCGGAGCUGUGCUGCCGUUUAGAUGGACUUAGAAGUCCCUAAAAAGCGUCUGAACUCCUUGUAGUUCGUCCCACUUCGUCUUGUUUUCAUUUUUUUUUCUUUUUUUCCCCAGCCGGAAGAGUUUUUAUUUUUAUCAGUAGAGAUAAUCUAGUUUUACAUUUAUAUAUAUUAUAUAUACAUCUAUUUAUAUACACUCAACCAUGGAGUUGAACUCUCUGUUAAUUCUUCUGGAGGCAGCUGAAUAUUUGGAGAGAAGAGACCGAGAAGCAGAACAUGGCUAUGCAUCCGUUUUACCUUUUGACAGUGAUUACUCCUUGAAGAAAACCAAAGCAGCCUCACUAAAUAGAAAAUCGCAGAAUAACAGGUCAUCGCACAAUGAGCUAGAAAAGCACAGGCGAGCAAAACUACGAUUAUAUUUGGAGCAACUGAAGCAGCUUGUGCCCCUUGGGCCAGAAAGCAACAGACAUACCACUCUAAGUCUCUUGAAAAGAGCAAAAAUGCACAUUAAGAAAUUAGAAGAACAGGACCGAAAAGCUCUGAACAUCAAGGAGCAGCUUCAGAGAGAACAUCGCUACCUCAAGCGCCGUCUAGAGCAGCUCUCUGUGCAUGGGAUGGAACGCAUGCGCACAGAUAGUUUGGGCUCUAUAAUAUCCACUGACUCUGAACAAGAAGUAGACAUUGAAGGCAUGGAAUUUACCCCGGGAGAAGUAGACAGUAUUGGAAGUGCCAGCGAUGUGGAUGACCACUACAGUCUGCAAAGCAGCUCCAGCGACAGCGGCUAUACACAUUCCCUGAGACUUAAUUCCAGUCUCUUAUAGUGGCCAAAUUACUGGACCAACUCAGGACCAUCAAGCUGAAGCACUUACAUCUGGAAAACAAAACAAAAAAACAAAAAAAAAAUGUAUAAGAAAACAAGAAAAAGUUAACUGCCACUCAGUCAGGACUGCUGACUCUAAAUCCUUCAAGGAGCAUUCUUGCUGAGGAGGCCCCCCCCUCCAUUUCAACCACAGCACGAGAGAUUCCCGACACACGGCUUUGAUGGCAGUCUGUGCUGUGACUCAAUGGGGUGGAUGUUGACAAAGAGAGUGUAAAGCUCAAUGAAAGCCCAAUUUUUGCAGUCAUAUCAUUCCAUUGCUAAGUAUUACAUGGAAACACAGAGAGAAGCAGGUCAGAUAUUUUUUGAUUACCAGAGAUCAUUUAGUUUUAAAAAUGAAGUAGAAUUUGUACAUGCCCGUCGAAUUUCGUAGUUAGACAUAAAAAACAAAGAAUCGUGACUUCUUUGAAAAACAGGCAAUAGUUUUAUUAGUGUCAGUAUUUCAAGCACUUGGCGUUUGCAAAGCAAGAGAGGGCGAAAAGUUCCCCUAAUGUUUUGAGUUUCAUGCCUACCGUAUGGUGAAAAAAGGAGUUUUUAGUCUCUUCUGCAUUUUUUUUCCUUCACUGUACACCACAAAAGAAUAUGUAGUUAAUUUUGGUUAUGGUGAAUGAAGCCAAUGUUUCAUGUUUAAGAAGGUGGUCUACAUGGAAAAUGAGCACUGCUGCAUUCAGAUAAUGUGGAACUUCAUGAGAUGCAAAACAUUCCCAACUCGUUUCUCCCAUAAGGCAGGAAAGGCAAGGGUACAGUCAUCUCCUGGUUUGCUUUCAUUGGUCACGUGGUCCCAAAAUUUGUGACUUGAUGAAAAAAGGCAUUGACAAAGGUCAUGUGACUUCUUUCCUUCCAUCAAUAAUAAGGGCAACAAGGAAGGUUGCAAUAUGUUGAGCUGCAGUUGAGAUGAUCAUCUUGUCUCUACACCUUGCCUUUCAUCUCACUGUACGCAUACCCAUGGUGCAGCUCCCAUAACAUGCAUUGGCAUCAUCAGAAAUGUUGACCAAGUCAUCGGCAGGAACAUUUAAGGCAUUUAGGCUACCCAGCUUCUGGGCCCUAUUCUGUUUUAAGCUUGGGAAAAAAAAUGUACUUGUUUCCGAAUCAACUAAUUAAAACGGAAAACAUGACUUCUGUCUCAAAAAUGUGUGUGCUGACAGGAAUUUUAGAGAUGCAUCCUAUAGCUGUACUCAAAAUUAUUCAGUAUAAAGCUCUGAGGUCACCACCUAUUAGACAUUUUAUUAUUCCCAUUGAGUCGCAACCAACUCUUGGCGAGUCUUUUGACCAGCUCUGUGGGCACCACGUAUGAUGCGAUUUUUUCCAUAGAAACCCUUUUUUCCAUAGAAUUAUUUUUACAUGAAUUGUUUGAUGUCUCAGCACUUAACCCUCCUCUUUAUGCAGCACAGGCUCCUCCUUUUACACCAGUCAUAUCAUAAUCAUUCACAGCCCAACUUAUAUUCUCAUAUUUUGCACUUAGGAUUUCCAUAGCGGCAAAUGGUUUUUACUUGACUGGUUUUCUGUCAUAGCACCCAACCCUACUCUUUUCGCAGCACGGGCUUGGGACCGGCCAUGGAGGAGUUAGCAUUUACUUGGCAAUUUUUUUUCGAGGUAGGUCGCCAGGUCUUUCCUCAAUUACCCCCAUUUGCAUUGGCUUGAGACUGGCAUGCAGAAUUUAACACACAUAUUAGGGCCAGAAGUCAGUUAUCCUACCAGCAUGUCUUUGGAAUGUAGGAGAAAACCAGAGUACCUGGGGAAGAAUAUGCAAACUCCAUUGUGAUAAUAUCAUAUUAUUUCUAUUAUUAUCUGCUGCAGCAUUGAAGGGACGUGAUGGCCCACGUAGGAUGGCCUACUCAUUGACCACCUUCUAGCAUGAAACAGACUUCGGUCACAUGCCACAAAUUCUCUCCUCUCUUCUGAAUGGUGAGUCAGGUGAAAUUAAGAAUAGCUUGUUUUCUGUUUAAUCUUUCAGCUAUCACUGCAUUUUACUGAAGGUAUGGCUUGCAGCUGCAGCGUGUUUCCUCAGCACACGUUUCAAUGUCUAGGAUGAAAAGAAAAAAAACUAUUUGGUAAAAAAAAAAAAAUCAUGCUGUGAAACGGCACUGUUUAUUUUGUAUACUUUAAAUAUGUAUCUAUGAGAAUUGUAGCAAUACUAUGAAGUCAUAGUCUAGUUUUAUUUGUGUAACACAGCCUCAUUUCUCUUGUGAAGUCAGUCAGAGAAAGGCAUGCUUGGCAUAGAGAAUCAAGUGACCAGAUAAAGUGUUCCUGUUGUGUAAGGACAGCUAAGGUAGCCAUUUUUCCUCCAAUUUAGCCUGUCAUGUGACCUCGCUGGUUUUCAGUGCACUGAUAGGCUGUUUUUUUUUUGUUUGUUUUUUGCUGAGUAAAAUAAUGGCCUCCCAGCUCCAACUAUGCGACAGGACUCUUUAUAGCUUUGCGCUAUCCGUAUAUAUUCUGCGUUCUACGUGCAGAAAUAUAUUUAGAUAGAGGAAAGUUGGAGGUUGUGAUAAAAAAAAGCUAUUGACACUUUUCUGACAAGUGAUUUUAGCAAGUGUAGUCUAUAUUUCCUGUAAAAGAUUUUGUAUUAUA